AGAUCCAUCGUUACACCCCGAGGGAUGUAUACCGCAUUGUGCGAUCACAUCAGAUAUGCGACAAACAAAGGGAAUAUUAGGUAUUUGAACAAAUUUAUGGUAUAUUGUAACUGCUACAAUGUUCACAUUAGGAAUAAGUAACUGGUAAAAAAUGUAUAUUUGAAUGUCGAGUUUGACUAAAUUUGUAUAUUUAUAUAAGAAUUUAGUUUUUUUUUUUUUUAAAUGGAAAUAUAAAUGACUUCACUAUGCGUAAACCCAACAACUCAUAUUAUCAUUGCUUAUCACCUGGAUGGACUUAAAAGUGAAAUCGUAUUACAGAAACCUCUUUUGUAAAUUUGUAAUUGUUCUAGAUAACAUCUUUUAUUUAAGUAGCAAAGAAAAACUCCUAAAACAUGUCCCAAAUUACUGAUGUAAGGAUUAUUUCCCUUUUAAAUCUCCAAUGUUUUGUUAAAUCCACCGUCAACAUAUUCUGUUUGAAACGUCACUAUGUCACCAUUGUCCUGUGAAUGCUGUUGUCUUCUUUAAGGUCUGCCAUCACCAUAUUUCCACAACGCAUAGAAGGGCGCCCUGAUUUCCGUGUAUUGAAUAGCCAGCUGAUAGGCUACGCUGGCUAUAGUAUGGAUGACGGGAAGAUUAUUGGGGACCCAGCCAAUGUGGAAUUUACUAAUGUAAGACUCAAAUUGUUGCUCUAUGUUAAUGUAAUGACAAGACAUACAUUGGUAACACAUUUCAAGACAUUUAUUGGUAACACAUGUCAAGGCAUACAUUAGUAAGACAUAUAUUGGUAACACAUAUUUAUUGGUAACACAUGUCAAGGCAUACAUUGGUAAAAAAAUAUAUUGGUAACACAUCUCGGGACAUACAUUAGUAACAGGUCUCAUUUUGAGACAGUACGCACCACAGAGUAAUGUGGGGCUCACGUUUUGUUUUUGAAUAGCUUAGCUUUUGUUUCUAAAUACAACAGUGCACUUCUCAAUCUAAAUCUCGAACUUCGACAUUAUUGAGAUUUUCAAAACAUAAUUUUUUUAUUUGAUGGGUUUUUUUUAUUGUUUUGCGUUGUCUGCUGAAGAGGAUAUCAAGGCAAAAUGCCCAUUUAAAUGUCCUGUCUUUUCUGAUCAAGCCUAAACAUAUCUUGUUCAAUUUUUUUAUUGACUUAAAACUGCUUGAUCGCAGUCCCACAUAAUUUAUCACUCUGAGUGCACUGUUUAACCAUUGGAUGUCUUUUAAUUUUUGGUCAAGAUACAAAAGAUUAAAGUGUUUUAUCUUAUGGUUUGUAUCCUUGAAAACUCUUAAUUCUCUCUUUAAACAUUUUUUUAGCAAUGUGUUAAGAUGGGUUGGAAACCAAAGUAUGGUAUGUUUGACCUACUUCCACUGGUUCUAUCUGCUGCUGGAUUUGAUCCUGAACUUUUUGACCUCCCACCUGAGCUAGUGUUAGAGGUCAAGUUGGUGCAUCCUGAGUAA